AUGAACUCUGAAAACUGGACUCAGGUAAGAAACUUUGUUCUUCUGGGUUUUCCCAGUAGCCACCUCCUACAGUUCCUGGUGUUCCUGGGGUUAAUGACCACCUACAUUGUAACAGCCAUAGGCAACCUGCUAAUUAUUGUGCUCAGCUGGAUAGACCGACGCCUGCACACACAGAUGUAUUUCUUCCUGCGGAAUUUAUCCUUCCUGGAGCUGUUGCUGGUAACUGUUGUGGUUCCCAAGAUGCUUGUCGUCAUCCUCACGAGGGAUCACACCAUCUCAUUUGUCAGCUGCAUCAUCCAGUCCUACCUCUACUUCUUUCUAGGCACCACUGACUUCUUCCUCUUGGCCGUCAUGUCUCUGGAUCGUUACCUAGCAAUCUGCCGACCACUCCACUAUGAGACCCUGAUGAGUGGCCAUGUCUGUUCCCAGCUAGUGCUGGCCUCCUGGCUAGCUGGAUUCCUUUGGGUCCUUUGCCCCACUGUCCUCAUGGCCAGCCUGCCUUUCUGUGGCCCCAAUGGAAUUGACCACUUCUUUUGUGACAGUUAGCCCUUGCUCAGGCUCUCUUGUGGGGACACCCAUCUGCUGGAAAUGGUGACCUUCAUGCUCUCUACGUCAGUGUUACUGGGCUCACUGACUCUGACCUCAGUUUCCUAUGCCUGCAUUCUUGCCACUGUUCUCGGGGCUCCCACAGCUGUUGAGCGAAGGAAAGCGUUCUCCACUUGCGCCUCGCAUCUCACAGUGGUGGUCAUCAUCUAUGGCAGUUCCAUCUUUCUCUACGUUCGUAUGUCAGAGGCUCAGUCCAAACUGCUCAGCAAAGGUGCCUCCGUCCUGAGCUGCAUCAUCACACCCCUCUUGAACCCAUUCAUCUUCACUCUCCGCAAUGACAAGGCGCAGCAAGCACUGAGAGACGCCCUGGGGUGGCGCAGGCUCACUGCUGUGAUGAAACUGAGGGUCACAAGUCAAAGGAAAUGA